GAGUCGAGCGACGACGACGCUCCGGAGGCCUUCUCCUUCGGGACGUCCAAGAAGGCCGCAAAAGGCGAGGAAGAGGCCGUCCGCCAGUUCCAGGCCGCGGAGAAACUCAAGCAAAAGGAGAAGAACCGGACCAUCGACCGCAAGCUAAAGGCGCGUGCUGCCGAAACCAAGAGCACAGGGAAGGGCAAGGCAGCGGCAAGUCACUGGGAGAAAGCGACCAAGGGGAAGGGGGCUGAGUUUGCCGCGGACUUCUCGGAAGAGGAGGAUGCGAGCGAGACUGAAGAGGGUCCAUCGGGAAGGAGUGCGCUGGAGGACCGCAUGGCACGGGCUAUGAGGGACGCGGAAGAGGAGGACUCCGAUCUGGACGACCUAGACGAAGAGGAGGGCUCAGCGUUCGAGGGCUUUGCCGGGGAGGACGUCGGUAUGGAUGCCGGUAUUGCCGAGGGCGAUGGUGACGAAGAGAUGUCUGAAAAAGAUGAUGACGAUGAUGAAUCGGAGGACGAGGCCGACGAAGAAGAGGCUGAUGAAGAUGAGGAAAUGGUGUCAGACAGCGAAGAAGAUGAAGAGGACGCCUACACAAAACCCUCUGUGCAAAAGCACAACUACCUCCCCGAUCACCUAUUCAAAUCCGCCCUCUCCAGUGUGCGGAAUACAAAAAUCACGUUCGCGAACGAAGAACCAGCUCCCUCACACGCGCGUGCGUCCCCACCACAGAAACGGAGACGAGCGAAACGUUCAGAAAAGGAUGUUGUACUCGGCUCGCGCACUAUUCGCACGCUACCACGGACCUCCGAAGCCAUCUCCCCUGCUGCUGCUAAAGGCCUCCCCCCACCACGACGAGUGAACAAAUUCCUCAAGCACAGCUUGAACGUGAAGGGCGACGCUAAGCAGUCACAAACCAAGGGUUGGACGAGGCGAGCUGCCAACCUGGGCGUUAUGAAGAGAAGUGGUCCGGCCGCACACUUUGUUCGC